CACCGUCGCCGCCGCACCUCUCCUCCUCCGACGUCCACAGAUCGAGGUACUCCUCUUCCACCUUGCAUCUCCAUCUCCUCCGCAUCACCCCUUCCUCUUCCUCAACGGCUCACUGGCUCCCUUCCUCCUCUUCUUGCAAGAUGCCAAGAUCUGUGGGGGAGGUGCUGUAGGCACGACGGGAUCGCCGGAUCUGUGGCCGCCGGCUUCGCCUUCUUCCAGGCUGCCACCGGAUCUGGGGAACUGAGAGGCCGGCCACCGUCUUCUUUCUCGGCCGCUCGGCGUGCUCUGUCUCUCCCUGUUUCGCUGCUGCUGCUGCUCUUAGCCGGGCCGGCCAGAGAGAGACGACCAGCGGAUCGCCUGGGGAAGAAAGAGGAGGUGAAGGUGGUGAUAGAGAUCGGAAGGGAUAAGGAGUUUUUCCCAUGGGGAACUGCUUAGGGGGCAGCUCCUACUCCUACGUCAACAAGGUCUCCUCCACUGCAAGGCCGGGCUCACAAUAUUCUGGAAGCUAAAGACUCAACCAGCAGCUCUAAGCCUGCAAGCUCUGGGUCAGUUCUGUUUUAAAUCAAUACAACCAAGGGUACGCCAAGCUGCCGCCGACCGCGCCGACGGCCAAGCCGCCGCUGACCCGGAUUCAUCUGCACCAACAGAUCACAGAGUCACAGAGAAACAUCUCGAGAUGUCUUCUCUUCAGUUAGAGGCCUCUGGCACAAGUGAGAGCACUGAUAAUAGUUCGUCACAAACACCAAAUAGAAGGGCACCAAUCUGGGAGUAUUAUGAGCCAGAAUUGGUCAGGAUAGAUGGUGCACUAAAAGCAAUUUGCAAGUACUGUGGAACAAAGUUGAUUGCAAACAGGAAAUCUGGUACAAACAGCCUUAGAACUCACAUUGCAGAGUACUGCCCCAAAGUCCCUAGUGAUGAUAGGAACAGAUUUGUCGCUGCAAUGAAGAAAAAGCCAGAUGGUCCAUUCACCUUUAAUAAGCAUAGAAGUCGCGACCUGAUGAUUGCAUGGAUUGUUAGAGCUGAUGUAGCAUUCAACAAGUUUGAUGAUGAAGGUUUUGAGCCUUGGAUGGAGUCACUGCAACCCACUUUUAGCGGCAUAGGGAGACAAACGAUUCGUAAUGAUUGUGUUGCUAAGUUUGAGAGAGCAAAGAUAGAAUUACGAAGUGAACUUCAGAGUCUUAGCUCUCGCAUAUGCUUCACUUCGGAUCUUUGGACAUCAAACCAAAAGUUGGGAUAUCUUUGUGUUAUAGCCCACUAUAUUGGCCCUGAUUUUGUUUUGAAGAAAAAGAUAAUUGCAUUUAAGGAUGUGAAGUAUCCACAUACAGGUGUUGCUAUUGAGGAAGCCAUUACAACUAUUCUGACAGACUAUGGAAUCAAAGAGAAGAUGUUCACAAUAACACUGGACAAUGCAGCAAACAACAAGACAGCUUGCGAUCUUCUACAAGAAAGCGGAAAGCAAGACAUGUUAUUUGGUGGUGAGCAUCUUCUUGUUAGAUGUUGUGCUCAUAUACUCAACAUUCUUGUGCAAGACGGUAUGAAUGUUGCUAGUGCUGUGAUAGAAUUGAUAAGAGACCUGAUUAGGAACAUUAACUCAUCACCAGCGCGUAUCCAGAAUUUCAAUGAGAUAGCUCAAAGAGAAGGUCUUGCUGCAAAGGCUGGUUUAGUCCUUGAUAUGUUCUUAUCAAACGGGUAUGCUUCACGGGUUCGUUGCAUUGUUAAUGAUACAAGCAAGCAUGUUGCCCCAAAAGAAAUCGUGAGGCUGAAGAAGUUGAUUGCCUAUAGGAAGGAGCAAGCAGGCAAGCGAAGUGAUGACGAACUGGAAGAAAUACAGGAAGAGAGGGUCUCGAAAGAGAAAGCAGACAAUCGCCUGACUGGCUGA